UUAUAUUUCUGGGCGAUGACGUUGCACAUUCGUGUCACUCGCCAGUCCUUCCACAACUACCGUAAAGAAUCCGACUCUCGCCUGCAGCCUAAGACUCACAACAGCGGGACAAACAUUUCGAAAAUGGGCAACUGUCAACCCACUAUCGUGCCAUAUGAGGAGUUUGAUGUUAUGGCUGAUAUAAAGGCCAUACGCAAAGCUUGUAAAGGCUUGGGCACUGAUGAACAAGCCAUCAUUGACAUACUGGCUAACCGCUGUGCAGCCCAGCGGAUGGAAAUUAAACAAGCCUAUUUUGAUAAAUAUGACGAUAAGGAGUUGGUGGAUGUGCUGAAGAGUGAGCUGGGGGGGAACUUUGAGAAUGCCGUCCUGGCCAUGCUGGACCCUCCAGUUGUCUAUGCGGUGAAGGAGCUCAGGAGGGCCAUGAAGGGAGCAGGCACUGAUGAGGAUACUCUGGUGGAGAUUCUGUGCACUGCCACAAAUGCUGAUAUUCACAUGUUCAAAGAAUGCUACUUUCAGGUGCAUGAACGGGACCUGGAAUCAGAUGUCGAAGGGGACACUAGUGGAGAUGUGAGAAACCUGCUCACUGCUCUUUUACAGGGCACCAGAGAUGAGAGUUACRAUGUGGAUGAGGGUCUGGCUGAAGCAGAUGCCACCGCCCUGUUUGAGGCUGGUGAGGGAUGUUUUGGAACGGAUGAAUCCACUUUCAGCUUCGUCCUGGCCAACCGAAACUACCUUCAGCUACAGGCCACCUUCAAGGUGUAUGAGCAGCUCUCUGGAACAGAGAUUCUGGAUGCCAUUGAUAAUGAGGUCUCUGGGACACUGAAGGACUGCUACAUCACACUUGUGAGGGUUGCUAAAAACCCUCAGCUGUAUUUCGCCCGGCGACUGAAUGAAGCCAUGAAAGGAGCAGGCACUGAUGAGGACACCAUCAUCCGCAUCCUUGUAUGCCGCUCUGAGUAUGAUCUGGAGACCGUUAAAGACAUGUACCUGGAGAAGUAUGACAUGUCCCUGAAGGAUGCCAUCAAAUCUGAGUGUGGUGGGGACUUCAAACGUCUCCUGCUGGCUAUCUGCCAUUGAGCGAGAGAGAGAGUGGCGAGAGAGCAGAGUGCCUGAAAGGGACCGAGGGUGCUCCUGCUCACUCCUGGACAAACUAACGCUACUUACAAUCGGUCCUACUGUCCUCAAGCAUGCRACAUUCUCGGAUAGGGCAGGGGGUGGAACUGGAGAUAGUUCAAAUCCAGCUGGUUCUGUUCUCCUGAUUUGGCAUUGAUGUCUAGGUUCCCUACAAAAGUGUUGUCAAUAUGUGGCUGCUAUAUUUGAUCUACUUAUCCAAAGGCAGUUGGAUGCUCAUAACAUACCAUGUGGUGUGAUUUGGUUUUGAUCGAGAGGAGUGCUAGGAUUAGAGACUUACCUUAGACCAGCGAUCCACAGUACCAGUGAAACUUAGUAGCCCUAGUCCUUGCUAUUCUGUUUACUGUGUACACUUGUGACUAGAUSUGACAUUCCUAAAUUCUCUUUUCUGCAGUUAAAUUGAAGUUCAGUAGGAUCAGGUGCUUCAGUGCUUGGCAGGAAGGUCAGUSUGCACACAAAAGGGCAUUUGUAGGAACUGGAACAGGGUGUAGCUGGAAGAUUAYGGUUAUAGCAUUGUAUUGGACGUAUCUGUCUUACACAGAUGAGACCUAUUCCAUGGAGCAGUGAUCAUAUUUUUGAGCUUGCAUUUAAMAUGAACAAACAUUUUGUCCAUGCUUAGUGAGACACCAAUUGGAUUUGAUCUAUCCAGUGCCAGUAUCUUCCACCCCAAACUCCAUCUUCAGUAUUAACAAGUGUUUAUAAACUGUUAGCUAGCUAGUUAUAUGCAAUCUGUCCAUCUACYUUGAAGUUAUAACUUAAAUGAAGGCGAAAUGAAAGUGUCCUUAYGAAGCAAUGGUAUUUUAUAUGACACGAAUCAAUGCACAUAUAUUUUUAAAUAAUCAACACUACCACUCCAAAGAUAAGUACAGUGUAAUUCUACUGUCUGAUUAAUCUUCACGGUGUCAGUCAAAAACAGUUAUUUAAUCCCCAAAAAGUAACUGUGCAUUGACUUCAUGCUUCAAUAUGUUGCAGGCAAGGGAAACUGCUGUGACAAAUCUUCAAACACCUCAUAAAAUGUUUGUAUUGCAAGACUAACACUAAAACUAUUAACUGCAUUAAGACUGCAGUAUUAUGUAUCGUUUAAAUGUGUUUAAAGAUUUACUGUAUACACAAGGUGUUUGAAAAGGUCUCGGAAGAUAUUUGAGAAAAAGAUGUGGACUUGUACCUUUUGAAGUAUCUAAACUCUUUGAAUAACAUGGUCUAAAAUGUUAUGACCACUGUCACUUCUGUGUCCCAUAACGGCAGCAGUAUUUUUAACAUAUUCCUAUAUUAGGAAUGAGGUCAUAUUAGAAAGUCCUGUAAUCUCAGCUGAAUAACUUGAGAUAGUUGUAACGAUUUAUAAUGCUGGCUAGGCUACUAUGAAUUCCAUGCAAGAGAGGAUAAUGUCAGCAGGGUUCAGACCGUGCACACCUGCCCUUAUGGAAAGAUAUGGAAUAGGGACCAAUAUUUGCCUCUGUAUCAGCAAAAUAAUUAGUUUGGUAACAAAUAAACACAUGCAAAUUACAGAAUAAAAUUGAUGUUCAAAAAGUGUAUAUA